UUUGCCACCGAAACUCACAAUUUCCCAAAUGACCAACAGGUAAUGACUGAACACGAGCACAUAUUGCAACUGUGGACGGAUUCAUGAGACGGACAGAUGUUCUGCAUGUUCCGCUAUCACAUGCCAUGGAAAUGUGUAUCUGCCACACAAAUGAACAAAUUAUAGUACAAUCUGAAAACGGUCGCGAAUUGAGACCGAACCGUCAUAAAAAUCAGUUAAUAACCGCAGCCCAGCAGUACAUAGGAGUGUGCCUGAGUGUGUGUCUGCUGAACCUUUCCGCAUGUGUGGCAUCGUAUACGUUUUCAUUUUCAUUUUCAUUUGGCCAGAUCGUUUGGGGGAUCGCUUCACUUAGUUGACAAAGCUUAGUUCAACUGCGCGGUUCGAAUCGACGGAAACCGAAAGUUCUGAACCCCAAACUCAUAUUGUCGAAAGUGAAAAAAGAUUAAAAAAGUGCACGCAAAGUGAUCAAAUCCUGCGAAACAAUGCGAGCAUUUCCUAUAUUUUGUGUGGUUUCUCAACUCCUGGCUAUAGCUCGAACGGAAUCCGGUGAAUUCGAGAAAUUACUGAUUCCCGGCUCAUAUGCAAAACCAGGAGCAGGCAGAGCAGUGCAGGGUAAUGAGACCAAUGGACACUCUGUGGCCGCACGCUCCUAUUACGAUGGUGGCCAAUCCGCCGGACAGACUGGCUGCUCCGUCGGCACAGAGUGCACUCCUCUCCACGACUGCACAGCCCUAAUCUAUGAGGUGGCUCGGAGCUGCUACUAUGGCGACAAGUCGCUCUACUGCGGUGGGACCAGUGAGGAGCUGCCUUACGUCUGUUGUCCUAGCAGUCCGCUGGAGAAGAACCAGGUUUGCGGAAAGUCACUGGUUCAAGGACAUUUUUACAAGGGCCUAGGAUCAUAUCCGUUCGUUGCCAGAAUCGGAUUUAAACAUAUCAACACGGGAGCCUUUGCCUAUCCAUGUGCUGGCGCUGUCAUAGCCCGUCGUGUCAUCCUCACUGCCGCCCACUGUGCCCUGGCCAAGGCCGAUGGCCAUCGACUGUCAUCGGUGCGCGUGGGUGAGUACGAUACGUCCAGCGAUCCGGACUGUGCCAACACCGGAUUCUGUGCCCCUCGCUCCGUGAACCAUGCCAUUAGCCACGUGAUCGUGCAUCCCGACUACAAGCAGGGCCAGUAUCAUCAUGACAUUGCCCUGCUGGUGCUCAAAACGCCGCUAAACUACUCGGUGGCAACACAACCGAUCUGCCUGCAAAAGACACGCGCCAAUCUGGUGGUGGGCAAGCGUGCCACCAUCGCCGGCUGGGGUAAGAUGUCCACAUCGAGUGUCCGGCAGCCGGAGAUGUCGCAUCUGGACGUACCGCUCACCAGCUGGGAUCUGUGCCUGCGGAACUAUGGAUCCACUGGCGCCCUGGAAUCUCCCAACUCGAUCGAGGGCCAGUGGAUGUGCGCCGGUGGCGAAGGCAAGGAUGUGUGCCAAGGAUUCGGUGGAGCUCCGCUUUUUAUCCAGGAAAAUGGUAUCUUCUCACAGAUUGGCAUUAUGUCCUUCGGAUCGGAUAACUGCGGUGGACUGCGAAUCCCAAGUGUCUAUACCUCCGUGGCUCAUUUCGCCGAGUGGAUACAUGACAACACACCGCCAGAAUAGGCUUAUUAUUCUAAGCUUAUUUACUAAUCUUAAUCUAAAUUAAAAUUUGCAUUAUAAAGAAAACCGAUAAAAACAGAUAACAUUUUGCCAAGCCAAUAUGCAACAUUUACUUACGAACAUGU